AUGAAGAAGAUGAACAGUGGUUUCGCAGAUAAGAGACUUCCCAGAAGCUGCUCAUCGUCCUCGACCUCGCGUUCUUCUAGGGUGUGCGAAUGUGGAGAGCUAGUGAUAUCAUACAUCUCUAACACAACAGAGAACCCUCGAAGAGCAUUCUGGAGGUGCCCAAAUUGGAUGAAUGAGCAAAAUUGUGGCUAUUUUCGAUGGAAAGAUGAACUAGAGGAGAAUUUCCAAGAUGGAUAUGUGGCUGAACUCAAAAAAAAGAAUGCAAUGUUGAUAACCAAGUUGGAGGCUCAAAUUCAGAAGCUGGAGGUUGAAAGACUCAACCUUGAGGUGAAGAAUGCAAGGCUGAAUCAAAAGUUGGAGGCUGAAGCUGAGAAAUUAGAGAGUGAAAGGAAAAAGGGGAAAAUGUUGAUGUAUUUUUCAAUUGUUUGUCAUGUGAUUUCUGGGUUAUGGUUUAUGGCUCUCAUUAGCAAAAACAAUUGUAACAUGUGA